CCAUUUUCCAGUAAAUAAAUAGAUCGGAAAAUUUCCAAAUAUAUUUUUGAGGGACGUUGUAGAUAUUUUAGGGUUUAUCUUGCUCAUUUAUCUCACAUAACCAAAUAUAAUGAGCUCCUCCCUGUCUCUCUGAUGGAGUUUCUCUCUCUAAUUUUGAAUCAUUUUGUGGCAAAAGCCAUGAGCUCUUGUAUUUUGUGCACACUCCUUACUCCUCUAUCUUCUUCUUUCCUGAGUAAAACCCUAAUUCUACAAUCACAUAAUAAGACAAUUAAUUAUAAGCUUCAUAUAAAACUGGGGUUUUCUCAUUAUCCUGGCCCUAAAAUCUCCAUUUCUGCCCCAAAAGUUGCAGUUACAGAACCUGUAACAGAAGCUGUUUCUUCUUCUUCUUCGGUUGACGUCAAGUCAAAGGUGGAUAAAAGUGGGCGAUUUUGUAGCCCUCGUGCUGCUAGAGAGCUUUCUCUAUUGAUCUUGUAUGCUGCUUGUUUGGAAGGUUCUGACCCAGUUCGGCUCUUUGAGAAGCGAGUUAAUGCUAAGAGAUAUCCUGGAUUCAAUUUCAAUAAAGUAUCCCUACUCGAGUAUGAUCAUAUUAGUUUUAGUGGACCUCCGGUUUCAACAGAAACAGAAGAAGAAGCGGAGAUGCUGGAGCUCAAGUAUGAAAAGGAGUCAUCCAUUGAAGCUGAAGUUCUCUCUGCUCCAUUAAAGUUGGUUUACAGCAAGUUUGUUUUACGGUUGACCAAGAAAAUUUUGGAAGCAGUUGUAUCCCGAUGGGACCAUCAUGUUAUAGUUAUGGAUCAGAUAACCCCUUCAAAAUGGAAGAGUGAGCCUGCAGGGCGCAUCUUGGAGCACUGCCUUCUGCACUUAGCAAUGGCUGAAAUUACAGUAAUAGGCACACGGCAUCAAAUUGUCAUAAACGAGGCUGUAGAUCUUGCAAAACGUUUCUGCGAUGGCACUGCUCCACGCAUUAUUAAUGGAUGCCUCAGGAGUUUCAUCGAGGACCAUAUGGUAUCUGAGGGUGCUGCAGCUGUCGAGGCUUAAAUUUUAUAGUUGUACAAAAGGUCCCGAAUAUCAUUAGUAAAGGGAAAGAAGGUUCACAUCUCUCUCUGUAACAAUGAUGAUGAUGAUAAUAAAACCGGGUUUCCAGAAAUGGGUCCAAGCAGGAGGAUUACUGCAUUCAUGAAUGCUUUCAAGGCAGUUUUCUAACUGAGCUCAGAAAUGUGUUGAAGGUCGCUUUCUCACUCCUAAGGUGAGUUCAGUACAGAAAUGCCAUUUUUGCUGAAGCUUUCAUAAGAACUUGAGUUUUUUUGCUUGAAUUGUAUCGGCUCUGAGAAAGUUGAUUAUUAUAUGAGCUUCCCUUCAUUUGUCUAAAUCUGUUAUGGCACUAUCUGUUAGGACAGGGUUUAUCUGGGCUAACAUGCCCAUGUCUUUGUGCUGUGAAUGUAUUUAUUACUAUAUACGCAUGUAAUGUUGGAUUUGCUAACACUGAAACUUUUUUAUUUGAGUAGUAAAAUUUCUAUGAUUCUUCUUCU